AGUCAUCAAUUUUUGCUGCCUUGCCAGAAAAACUUCUCUCCAUUGUCUCUUGCAAUACUGGCAGCAACCAUUGGUGGGAACAAGUUCUAGGUGGCCCUACCACCUCCUUUCCUCGGCAUUCAAUUUGCCAAAAGACUCCAUUCUGCAAUGUGUGUGGGAACUUGUACUCGGAUCCUGGGCCCAUGCCUCCUUAUCUUGGGCUGUCUUUCCAUUAUUGCUAAUAUUCUCCUACUCUUCCCCAAUUGGGAAUGGUGUUACAUAAGCCUGGGCCAAAUCUCAAAGAGGGCAGUGCUAAUGCCAGGAGUGUGGGGAGGCGGCCUGUUAGUUUUUCCUGCUGCAAUUCAGAUCACAGGUAUUGGAUGGAGGUGGAACCACUUCAGCAGCUCUGGAACUUGCUGUAAGAUGUUUCUCUCCAUUCUACUGUCAGGACUGGCCCUCCUGGGAUCAGCUGCUUGUUUUAUUUUGUCUGGUUCAGGCUUGACUGAGGGGCCACUCUGUCUCUAUAAUUCCACCCUCAAUCAGAACAAGGUGCAACAGUGGGGUUAUCCAUUUCUUGAAAUGGACCAUCGUGUCUUGAACAAUGGUAGGGCUCAGAAUUACUUGUAUGAUCCUUCCCUUUGGAAUUCAGUUUGCAUCAAGCCACAGAACGUUGUUGUCUGGAAUAUCUAUUUCUUCUCUGCCCUCCUAGUCAUCAGCAUGUUUGAAAUGAUCCUGGCUGCUCUCCAAAUUAUCAAUGGCUGUUUUGGAUGUGUCUGUGGCUUAUGUGUACAGAAAAAAUAGGUAACACGGAUUCAGAAGUGUUUCAACUCUCAGUUCAUUUCUACAGAUCCGAUUGCAAAGAUACAUGCUAACUCAAUUUGCAGCUAUAUCUUUUGCCACUGCAACCUGUGUAGCUGGUUCUUGCGUUGUCGUAGAAGAACAGAGAUGCAGUUGGCCCAACAGUAACCAGCCAUCAUCAACCCUCCAGUGGAAGGUGCAUCUUACUGUCUCCCAUAGAAUUAACCUAUAACAGUCACUGUCAGGGUAUAGAGGCUGAAACUGCUGUCACUACAGACAUUCUCACAGUAGAGACAGGAAGCCUGAAUAGAAAAGGCUCACUCCAAAUUCAGGUUAUAUCAGGUCCACUGACUUUGGGGGUUUACUUUCUAUUUCAUUGGUAGUCCCCAAUCCUUAGAAGGCCAAAACCUGGGGAACAACUUUGGUCUGAAUUCAUGUCAUUUUUGCCCAAACUAGACUAUGGCUUGGCAAAUGAAAAGAAGUGCCACUAAGACCAUUAAUCUGAGAAAGGAUAGGAGUUUCAUUUUUUUAAGCAGGAAUGGGCAACAUGGAAUCCUCUAGCUAUUUCAAGUAAUAAAUUCCAUAAACCCAACCUGGAAUAGCCAAUGUCAGACAUUGUGGGGGAUAUAGUCCAAAAUAUGUUUUAUAACCAAACACAGCAAAACUUUUCUCAGGAAAAAGUGAGGAUUAGGCAGACAUGAUGCAAAAAAGGAACUGUAUCUAUGCCUUUUAUAUGAGCAUCCUCAGCCUAAACUGCAAAACUCAGAAAAGAGAUGCCCCAUUAACAUUCCUUCCUUUCCCCUAAGGAAAAGGUCAGUAUGGUACAAAUACAUUAAACUUUCAUGUCUGAUAUAUGAGUAUGACCUUCGUGUGUG